AAAUGCGUGCGAAUGCUCGCGAAGCGCGGAGGUGUCAGCUCGCUCGUCCGCUCGUUCGUUCGUACGUUCGUCCCGAAUCGUUCGUGAAUCGCCGUUAACGUCAUCGUUCGAGUCGCCGCGCAUCACGAUCACCGUUCUCGCCUUCGUGGCCGCCGCUCAUUCGCUCUCCACUCGCGUUCGGCAUUGUUCGUUGUCCGAUCAGCCCGCUCCCACCCCGCCGUCGCCGAGCGCCCCUCCGUCCCCGUGGGAAACCUGCGAGAGAGCUAGCGCUGGGCAGAACUGAUCGUCCACAUAACAAAGUGAACAGGCACUGUUUGUAAUCGCGGUAAAUGUGGUGAUAUACACGGUGUGGAAGGAGUAGCGGAGAGAGAGCAAGAGAGAGGAAAAGUACUGUGACCAGAAGGAAAGGAUAAAACGAUUGGGACAGUCACGAUCGAAGGGGAAACACAACAUAGGAGAACGCGGCUUCUGACUUGUUUGAUGAUCUGACAGUGUUUGAAACGACGCUGCACGGGACGCUACACAAAAGAACAUUCGAACGGGAAGAAUUUUAAGUGUUGCGCGAAAACGUUCAGUGAUCGAUUCAUUAGCGAUUUGAUAUCAGUGAUUGACGUUAAUAAUUGAAAUAGUGUCGACAAGUUCAUUAACAUUGAAAUUUCGUGGAAGAGAGUUUUAUCAACCGAAGUGAGAUUAAACGACUGAGAAAGAAAGAGAGAGAAGACUUGUUCGGGAUAUUUAUUAAUUUUGAUCGCGUACGCGACAGACGCGAGGAUCAAAGGGGAAAAACAGCGUAGAGGAAGCUUUCCGCGUAUCCAUCUCGAUUCUCUGUCGCCGCCGUCGCCGUUGCCGUCCGCGGAUCGUGCACGUUCCUCGCUUGUCGGUGCGCGUCGUCAUCGUCGUCGGUGCUCGUGCGCGUUGGUGCGCGCAGUUACGUGUCCGAGGAUAACCGAAGAGCGGCGGAAUCGCCCGAGGCGGCGCGGCACGGCGGCCGAAGACAUCACGAUUACGUAUCUCGUGGCCCUCCCCCUUCAUUCUCGCCCAGGCGCCCGUCGUACGCGCACGUGCGCGCGCGCGCGGGUGUGUGAGUGUACUGCGUGCGUGCGCUUGUGUAUUCCGUCGCGUGUGUCGGCUCCGGAGCGUGCGGCAGGAGGAGAGGAAGAAAGAGUGAGCGUGAACGGAAGCCGCCAGGAUUACGCCAAACCGAGGAAAUAUGAGCAUUGCUGCCCUACUGCAGGCCGCCGAGUACAUUGAACUCUUUCAAACAGAAGCUGAACAUGGCUAUGCUUCAACGAUGCCAAUACCCGAUGAUAUGCGGACGGUUACAAAGAGGCCAAAGACAAAGAAGUCGCAAGGCAGCAGGACGACUCAUAACGAGUUGGAGAAAAAUAGGAGAGCUCACCUUAGGACUUGCCUCGAGAAGCUGAAGUUGCUGGUGCCACUUGGGCCUGAAACUUCGAGGCACACUACGUUGGGUCUUUUGACCAAGGCCAAGCGUUUUAUCAAGAAUCUAGAGGACCGCGAUCGUAAGCACAUCAUACACAAGGAGCAGCUGUCGCGCGAGCACAGGUUUCUGAGACGACGGCUCGAACAGCUGACGAGCCAGACCGGCCUCCACGGCCUUCACGCGCUUCACGGCCUCCACGGGCUAAGUACGAGCGCGCCGACCGGCUCCGCAACCGCUGCAGCCGCUGCCGCUGCCGCCGCCGCAUCCGCGGCAAUGCUGUCUAAGCGGCGCAGCAUCUCCGAGUGCUCCCUGGGCACGGCGUCCACCAGCUCCACCGGAAGCUCCAUAAACUCCGACAGGUCUGCUGGCAGUCCAUCCGUCUCGGAGUCCGACGAAGUGGAUGUGAUCGGUUAUACGAGCAAUCAAUCGGACACCGAUGAUCACAGUAGCGUACAGAGUAGUAGCGACAGCGGUGUCGCGAUGUCCACCUCCAGGCUGACUCUUUCUGAAAUGAUGGACAAUCUUUAGACAAAGAGGCGGCGAGAUGGCGGCGAAAGAAGAAGCGGUUGAAAAAGAGAAAAGGAUAAGGGAGGUAAAGAUAGAACGAAAGGAAGAACAUCCAUUGGGGCGUACGAAAAUUGACGGCGCGAGAGAUAUCGAUUCAUACACACAUAACAUAUACACACAAAAUGCACAUUUAAAUUCAUAUUUGUGUCCUUCCAAAAUGGCCUGGCUGGCAAAGCAACACUAAAGAAGAAGAAGACUUUCAAGCGUUGCACGACUUUACGAAGACUUUCAGAGAACAGAGAAGAUUUCAAAAAUCAGAAAUCACUGAAGAGUAGGAGAUGUAAAAAUUCGGAAGACAUUAAUCCUAAUACAAUAAAAAAAGAAGAAAAUAAAGAAGAUGAAGUCGUCUUUGAUAUCAUCUUAUUGUUAGUACUAGCCUACAACAUAAAGAAUAAGUACUUUUUGAGAUUUUGGAGUCGUUAAAAAUUUAUAAAAGGAGGAAAAAUUGAUUCGAAGAUUAUAUAUUAAAGAAUAUUAUAGAUACUUACAAAAGAAUCCGAAAGAAAGAAGAGACGUGAAAGAGAAAAAUUAUUUUGAUGACAAGAAAAAACAGGCCAUCUUACAAAAACAUUUGUCAUAUAAAAAUAUAAGAAAAGUAGAGAGCAGUUUGAGCGAAAGAAAAAGAAAGAAUAUUGAAAAGGAAAGAAUUUAUGUAAAAAUCUCAUUGCAAAUUAUGUUUGGCAUCUUAAAAAGAAGGCAAUAUCCAGAAACAUCCAAUGACUAAGAAAAUCAAAGAAGAAAGUUUUGGAUCAAGAAGAAAAUCAAUAAAGAAGAUACUUUCUGAAAGUUAUGAACGCAGACUGGAAAAUUGCAGCACAUUUUCCAAAAUGACAGUAAAACAUUAUGUUAUGCAUUGAAAGAAAAAUAAAGAAAAAAACUAGAAGAAAAGACAGAAGAAAAAAAGAAAUAAAAACAGAAAAUUAAUUAGAAAGAAUAAGAAAUGAGAGAAAAAGGCUAAAAAUAAAUACGAAGAAACUAAAAAGAUUUUGCCAAGAAGAAAGCCAGCAACUUUUCGAGAUGGUUAACUUGGAUAAAAGAAGGGACGGCAAUAUAUGAAACAAGAAAACAAGACGAAAAGGUAACGAGCGCGACUUUGAAGAAUGCAAAAAAUAAAGGGGACAGUUGUAAAUUAUCAAGAGUUGACAGAGAAUCGCAGCAACAUUGUACAUAUUUUUAAGAACAAACAAAUUUAUCGAGAGCGUAAUAUGCGAGAGAGAGAGGGAGAGAAAGAGAGAGAGAGAGAGAGAGAGAGAGAGAGA